CCUCCCCCGCGGACCAUGAGCAAUUAUGACACUCACAGAGAACAGAAAUGUGUCAAGAAUUCUGGGGGUGUACUUGGUGAAAACGAAUUAAGACCAUUCUCCCAGCUACGUUCUCUCUUAGAGAAGACCGAGCCAGGGUUCAUAUCAGAAAAGAUUUUUGAGACAGUGUCCUUGAGUUCAGACUCUAUCUUCCAGAGGGCAGUUUCAAUUCUUCACACUUCUUACUUGGACUCUGCAUCUGAGCAUGGUUUUCAGUACAGUCAAGUGACUUUGGUGAAAAAUGACAUUUUCUUAAAUGAGUACAAAACUUUUUACCAAGAAAAAAAAGCAAGUAAUUAUACUCAGGAAGAACUGCAAGAGACUUAUGGAUUUCUUCUAUUUGAAACUGAAAAUGAGGCAAAGUUAGUGUGUCGCCGUGGACUCUGUGUGGGCAGCAGUGCUAGUACUACCCUCGGCGACCCCGCGAGAGGUGUAUAUAUUUCCAAAUAUUCAGACUAUCUACAUGCAAGACCAUGGUAUCAUGGGAAGUCUGGUUAUGUUGUAAUUUUUAACCUAAUUAAGGGAAAAGUCAGGUUUGUCUCUGAGAAUUAUACAACUAACUAUACUAGCCCAUCUUCUGGCUAUGAUUGCCACGUGGCUGCAAACACUAACAAGGCUUCUCAGAAGACGAGUCAUUUGCGCGCGUUUGAACUGAGUCAGUGUUACCUCUAUGAACUUUGCAGCGGCACUGUUACUGAGCGGCCCAGGCACGUCUGCCCUUACAUUAUUGUAGCUUUUCAGUACAGGGAACCUAAAAAAAUGGCAGCGUCAGCUCAUAAAAGCACAUUUGAACUCUGUGAAAAUGCUCUUACCUCUUUGUGGCAAGGCAAAUUAAUGAUUCAAGGCUGUCUGCUGUGCGAUAUGAGCCUUUGGUCCUCUUACGGUACAGCUGUGCCAGCCCAACUACCACAUGAACUAGAUUUUAAGUAUGUAAUGAAAGUCUCAUCUUUGAAGAAAAGACUGCCAGACGCUGCCUUUAGAAAACAAAAUUACCUGGAGCAAAAAGUCUGUUGCCAAGAUAUGUGCUUCGACAUGUACGAGGUGGAGCUGUCAAACAAACAAGGGGGAAAAGUAGAUAAACUAGUCAAAUACAUUAAAAAUAAGCAACUGGCGAUCAUCAAAUGCUUAGAAGAUCGGGGGGUUUUCAUUUUACUUACCUCGUCGGCCUUAAUGUCAGAAACAAAUUUUGGAGAUGAGCAGCCGCUCCACGGGUUACACGUGCUCCAUUCGCCCCCUCCAACAGGGCUGAAAGAAUUGAAGGUUGAAGAUGACAUCUCAUCGAAGGUUACACUUAUUUUGCCUGCCCUUAAUUGUGCCCUUCUGGAAGCAAAGAAAUCAUUUCCUGAAGAAGGAAUGUGUCCAAGCACAUUAGUGAAGCGUAGUUUCCAGGAACUAUGCAAGGCGGACAGAAGUCCCUCCCUGACAGCUGCUUCCCGGGAUGGGACGAAAGAGACUGCGUUCUUCAGCCAACCCUCCAACGGCUUUGACUUGGCUCCGCCAGCAGGAAGGUGCCCUUUACAGUCGUUACCUCAGCUGAAGUCGUAUUUUUCAGAUCCUGCUGGGUACAUUUUGGAAGUGUCUACUGCGUUAGAUCUCUUAGCAGAGCGUCCUCAGUCCCCUUGUGUCUCAGACGGCAUUUGCGAUGCUGGAUUUUCUUUAGUUAUGACUCCAGAUCCUGAAUUUCUUGACUCAGAGGCAGAAGUAAGAAAAGAAACUGAAACCGAAAAGAAUCCUGAAGACUUGUCGGAAGCGAGGCAGGGAGCUGCGAUGUCGCUAAGCCCAGCCUCGGAUCGGAGAGUCCAGCCCAGGAGGAAGGCUAGCUUGCCAUCUGCCAUGCAGAGUAAACGAGUGAACCUGUGCCGUCCCUUCCCCAAGAGGGCUGCCGGGGCGGGCAAGGGUUCGGACGGCCCCACAGCGCUCCAGUUAGUGAAAGGACCGUUUCCUCAGAAAAGAAAAAGAGGUGCCGAGGUGCUGACUGCACAGUUUGUACUGACAACCAAAUUGGAUAGGAAAAACCGAGACGCUCCCAUUUCUAAAGAUGUUCCACUGGCAACGAGUGCUAAAAGGGCAAGGAAACAAGAGAACUCUCCAGUCAAAACUGUUCCAAGGGCUAAGCCACCCGUGAAGAAAUCUGCAAAGAAGCGGAGGGUAAAUCUAGUAAGAGGCAAUCAGAAUCCCAGACUCAGAAAGCAGCCACAACCUGCAAAAGGAGAAACUGGUUCACAGCUUCAGUCAGAAAUCUCAUUAGUUGGUCAGGACGAUGCUGGCAUUAGUGCCGCUCAGCCAGCAAGCAUCUCCGUGGCUCAGAAAGAUCUACCUGAAAACUCCGCUGCCCACUGUGACUCCCAGGCCCUAAACAUGUUAGCCGACCUAGCGCUAAGUGCUGCCACCUGUGCCACGCCGCCACCCGUGUCCAGAAGCUCUCCCCACGCCUCUGAGUUGCCACAAGAGGAUGUUUUGUCUUCUAAAGAACCUUCUCUGCACAGUACAUCUGACCAUGAAUAUCACAGAGGAGUUAAAAGUCAGAACGGGGGACUGUUCCCGAAGCCGUCCUCUGAGAGAAAGAGUCCUCCGGCGUCAGACUCUGCUGUCAGCCAAGAGGAAGAGCACUCGGCUCCUGGCAGCGAGGCCCCUGUGGGAGCCUCGCCAGCACUUCCCAAGGAAACAGUAGAAACUUCCAAGGCAAGCCAAAGCGCCUCCAUUGCUGUGGAACAUUCCUAUGCCCUGCUCCGGGCAGAACACUCAAAGCAGCAUCUGCAGCAGAGAGGAGCCCCGGGCCCCGCCUUCACCAGGAAUGGCCCCAGAGGCCCUGAGGCAGGGACCCCCGUGGGGAAAGUCAUGCCCUUCCGGCACCAGCAGAGUGCCUCCCCGCUGCAGAAGCUGCCGGAGGGCCUGCCACCCAAGCACAGGGGCCAGCCGGCGUCCUCCGGCCCGAGAGACUUCCAGUGCUCCCACACUGUGCUCAGCUGUGCCGGCUCCGUCAAGGUCACGUUCCAGUGUGAGACGGAGUACGUGUUCAGCUUAGACAGCAGGUACACCAACAACCCGCUGGAGAGGACUGUGGUGAGAGCGCUGCAUGGUCCUUGGAACACUGACCUGCCUGAUAACAUGGAAGAAACAAAGUUUUUACUUCAUAUGUGGGUAGCUCUGUUUUACAGCGGUCAGAACAAAGUGAUGCAGUCAGCCCGAAAAGUGGUGGAGUACAGGAACCCUAUGAAAUAUGUGUCUCUAAAUAGCACAUUAGAAUCGUUGGAGUUCAGUGAACUUGAGGAGGCCUCCGGCGUGGAGAAGCGUUCUGUAGACCCUCUACUGGAGACGAACGCGUCUCCCAGAGGUCCUGCUGCCGACGUGUCCUUCCCAGACGCCAGCUCCUUGCUUCCCUUCAUUAAACCACCACCUACGAGAGGCUCGAAGCUCUGGGUACAGGAUGAACAGAAAGAGAUUUUUGCAGGAAAGGGUCUUCCGGAUGCCCCAGAAAUCCAGCGUUUCAUCUAUGCUUGUAAUAAUGAGGUAACUGGGGGAAAAGCCAAAGAAGAUUCAUCAGAUAAACUAGAGACUUCUGAUCUCGUGCUUCCUAGUAUUGGAAACCCCCAAACUGAUAGGCCGUCUGUUCCCGGUAGAGGGAAAGCCUUUGAGCCACUUGAGAGCAGAAGGGGGACUUGUGAUGAGCCUGUCACGCACGCCACAGGCACCAGGACUUAUGGCGGGAUCAGCAGUCCGUCGGGGGUCUGUCAGAAGUCUGUGUACGGAGCCCUGGAAAGCGAAGCUGGUAGUUUUCACGCAACAGUGCAGACAGAAACAGAAGCCUCACAGGGCCAUGUCCAGCAGGGCAGCCCCAUCAGCCAGGAAAGUCGGCCUUCAUUGGAGGGGGAGGAUGAUACGGGAUAUGUGACGAUUAAUCUGGAACCAGUUACUUUCACUUUUGAAGAAAAUAGCUGUGAACCAGUGCAGACAGAAGUUGUAAAUAGAACCGGCCAACCUACAGCCUUUGAUAUGGAGUUGGUUAAACAGGUACUGCCUGCUACGAGUCUUAGACGUCCAGUGUCUGCAUUUGAAGAGGCACAGACACAAGGCCUCAGGGACGUCCCCGCUCUAGCAGUGUCCAGACAGAAGUGCACUAAGCACGUGUGUGCCACCUCCGUCAUUGGGGAGACCCCUGCCGAAGAAGUGUGUUCGCAACGGAAAGAGAGUCCUGUUCCAGGCUUGUCGCUGCCAUCUGAUAAGUCGGUGGCAGAGGCACUGUCGUUGGUUAGAAGUUCUAAUUAUUCGUUGCCCAAAGAAGAAAGGAAACUCUCUCAGGAAUUUUUUCUGCAGACUCCGAGUCUCUUUGGCAUAUCUUCAGAAGAGAUCAUCGAGCCGUCCCAGGUUGAAGAGGUGGUCCUGGCACCAGCCUCUGCCACUUUGGAAAAAGGUUCUUCACUUGACUACGUUCCAUCAACGGGCUAUGCAGCCGAUAGCACCUCAGAACUGACAGAUUUCAAGAGUGGUCUCCAGAGUGAAAAUGGGAGUUUUGAGUCUUCUAAUUCAGCAUUUGCCCCACAAGCCUGUGUCUGUAUGAACAGAGAGGAGGCCAGCCUGCAGCUCUCAGAGGAUUCCGACCUUGACCUCAUGCUCACGAUAUCACCACCAACCAGCCCCAGAGAAGAGGCGCUGGCUGGCAGCCUGGAGCUGUGGCAGGAGGCCUCGGCGGCAAAUGUAGACCUUCCUGACGUGACCGGCGAAGUGAUCGAGCCAGAAGAGGUGACCUUCCUAGAAAACAGAGAAGUGAAUGCUGCGCACUGUACAGCCACGUAUCCUGCAGUGUCCUUGAAAUCAUUAGAAAAUGAGAAAAAGGGUGAUAAUUUACAAACAGUCACCUUAAUACUUUCUAAAGAAAGCUGUGCCCUUGAGAUUGCGGAGGAGGUUAAUGUUGCCUCAGACUUUCCCUUUGGUUCUUUAAUUGAAGAAGUGUCACCGGCUUCUAGUCCUGACCCCCAAGUGCCAGUCGAAGGGACACGGCCAUCUCAAGCCAUGUCUCUCUGCAGUUUAAAACUUGCUGAUACACAGUGUGAGAAAAGUGACAGAUUCUCCCAGGUCGAGUCCGUAGAUUUGGCCGUCACGGGGAAAGAAAACUCUCUUGUCAGUCCUGCCUGUCCUGAGGAACAAGGUAGCUUGUCCGGAGCAGCCGAGGCAGCCGGCCCGCGGGCGCGCAGGGAGGGCUUCUCUUUCUCAGACAAGGUGCCGGGCUGCGGUACCGGCUGGAGCUGGCCUGCCUCGGCUGCCCAGUAUGGAGACGACCUCACGCUUUCUCUAGAAACAUUGGUACCAUCCGGAAAUCCACUGCAGCCAGGUAGCAUACAGAAUAGGAAUUUGGACUUAAAUCAUCUGGUCUUGGAGACCUGGGAGCCUCCGUUUAGCCCUAGAAAGAUGAUUGAAAAUAAGUCUUCAGCUGACACUCUUGUUUCUACAGCUGCUCCAAGUGCUGUAGCAAAUGUGUUGCUGAAGCAGGAUAGUGGCCCUAAAAGCAUCAAGGAGAAUCUCUUCAGCAGUGAUUUGAAGACAAAUGAAGGCAUUUCCAUCCACACCAAGUCCUUGAGCUCCAGCUCAGAUAGCGGAGCGGAUGCCACACGGGCACACGGGCACUCGGAGCUGCCCAGACUUGCCUUUCCCUCACACAGUGCUGCCGCCUUCGCCCACUGUUCCACGCCCAUGAAUGUAGAGACGGGCUUCCAAGCUCGGGAAAUAGCCACAGUCAGAAUGGGCAGUCUGCUUAAGAAUAGUGACGCUCAGGCCCAGUCCCAUGAAGAAGCCGUAGACCCUGGAGGCGCUGAUGCUCAGCUGCACACCGCGUCUCCAGAAGACAGACAAAACCCCGUCCAUGUGCUGCAGGACAGGCCACUGUGUGAAGCAGAAGACGUGUCGCAUGCCGGGCCUUCCCCUGCAUACUUACAUACCGAUUCUCACCAUAAAACAGCAGUCACCAGUGAGAGUGCCGGUAGAGAGCCUUGUGCCUCCUUGGUUUCCCCAUCUUAUGCCCCUCUUGUUUGUGGGGUCUCUGAAGAGCAGAUUGCAAGUAAGGUUUCUGGUGAGGGGCUCAGAACCGAGGAGGACUCGGGGACCCUGAGCGGAGACGUGGAUGUGAGUGUGAGUUCUGACAUCUGUUACGAGCCACUUUCCGCAGAGUCCGAUCAAGACUCUUGGGGUGAGUGUAGAAAUCCCAAAUCAGAAGUGGAGGGUUCCUGCACUGUGCCAUGUAGUCAAACCAAGAAGGAAGAUGCAUCAAAAGAUGAUUAUGGCUCUUUCCUGAGCCUGAAUAAUAGUGAUCAUGAAGAGUGGGGCUCCUGCAUGCGGCCCUCAGGGCUGGAGACAGGCGCUCCUCCCAGACACAGGCCCAGGGGGCCCAAGAAAGACCGGUGCGUGCCGUCUCACGUCCAGAUCCGAGACCUCCACGGCAUCCUCAGGACUUACGCCAAUUUCACCGUAACUAAAGAGCUCAAAGAGACCACGAGAACUUGGCACAGCCUGAAGAGGCGCCCCGGUCUCGUGGCAAAGUGUGGUUUGCUUGGCUCCUGGCAGAGGGCAGUGAGCCUCACCCAGCACACAUUAGACCUGGAGUACCUGCGUUUUGCACAUAAGCUAAAACAACUCGUAAAGAGCGGAGCUUCUCGCCAUUCUGCUGCUUCCGCCAGUGCCUUUCCAAAGGAAACCCCUCCCCAGAUCGCUGCAGGAGCCCCCGCUCUGCGCCCUUCGUUUCGGAGCAGAAGUCCCCUCGUGGUAACAGUGGUCCUCUCGGAGCCCAGGCAGCAGAGCCCCCACAGGAGAGGCCACACACUCGGUGGUUCGGACAGUUCCUGCUUCUGGAAGGAGAGGUGUGGUCACGGUAGGAAUCAUCUUGCAAACUCCGAAAGGAGUCCCACUGUUGCGUUCCACCUCAACAAACUGAAAUACAACACCGCUUUGAAAGAAUCCCGGAAUGACAUUUCGCUUAUUCUCAACGAAUAUGCCGAAUUCAACAAGGUGAUGAUGAAUAGCAACCCGAUCAUUUUCCCAGAAGGAGAGUCAAGUGCGGCUUGUAGGGAAGCCAGCCCUCGAGAGCCGUGCUGCCCUGUCCCGCGGGCGACCUCCUACGAGGACAUGAUCGCGGACCUGUGCGCCAGCCUGCACGUCAAGCUCCAGAACGUGGUGAAGGAGGCCUGCGGGAGCCCCUUCCUGUUCUACCUCGUCGAGACCGGAGAGCAGUCGUUCCCUGUGAGAGCGAAGGCUCUUCUGAGGAAAGGGGGCCACGCGGAAAUCGAACCUCAGCGUUUCUGUGAAGCUUUUCCCAGAGAGAACGACACGCUAGUAGUCAUCAUCAGAAACGAGGACAUAGCGUCACAUUUGCAUCAGAUUCCCUGUCUGCUGAGGCUGAAGCACCUGCCCGGUGUGCUGUUCGCCGGCGUGGAUGGCCCCGAGGACGUGCCCGAGUGCACCCACCAGGAGCUCUUCCCCGCGGGGGGCUUCGUGGUGUCCGACGACGAGCUUCUGGAAGCUUUGACGCCGGCUCAGCUGAAGGACAUCGUCAGGACGCUGGAGCGGCUGAACAGCGGCGGAAGGUGGCGGUGGCUGCUUCACCACCGGGAGAGGAAGAAGCUCAAAGAAGGCAGCAGAGUGGACCCGGUCGCCCGCAAGAAGGACUUGAUACUGAAGUCCUACCAGAGCACCGACCUCCUCGAGCUGCUGCCUUACCACCACUGUGACUCCCGGCCGCCGGCGAAAGUGGAACAGCUGACAUGUCUGCUCGGCCUGCAAGUGCAGCGCGUCCACGCCAGGUUCGCCGUCUUCCUGACAGAAGAGCCUGCCCUCUCCAGAGAAGUCUUUGAAAGCAGUGGCAUCCUUGUUACAGAUGUAAAUAGCUUUACUGAAAACAUACAAAAAAUAGCAGCUCCGUUUAAGAGUAGCUAUUGGUAAGAACACCUUCCAGUUUCCAGAACUCUCCUGUGUGAGACAGGACGCACACGGACAUUUCGUCGGUGAGGAAACCAGUUUGCAAACUCCGCUUUGUCGUCUGCGUGGGCUGUGAAGUUCAGGUCGGCGUUGGGGACAGAGCUGCUGUUGGCGCGGCCGUGAGCGGGGGUCUCUGAAGGCUGCGCCCCCCCCAGGCCCGUCUCCUCUGACGACCGACAUUUUCACUUGCGGGUCAUUUUGUUCCCAGGCCAGAUCACGUCCCCUCCCGACAGCAUCCUGUUUGCAGAGCAGGUCUUGGUUAUUCGUCGGAAGGCGGAAUGACCAACUUUGUGUUUACACAGGGGCCUCGGCUGCAGCUUGCCUAGACCCCGGGGACGCCACCACCAAGUUAGUAUUUUCCUUGGAAAACGCUUUGAACACAGCAGCCUUCUCAUGUUUGAACAGCCAACGUCGUACACAGGAGCGGUCGGGCCUUCACCUCACGCUCUGCCGGAAAGCCCUGGCCGUCACGCCCAGUGGGACCGCAGCUGUCCAGCAGCUUCAGGUUGUGCUGUUAAACGUUAUGGUUUUAAAUUAUUUCAUUUUCUACUGAGAGCCUUCAGAGCUAUCAAGCUCAACAUGAAAAGUAAGAGUUUUACAAACACGUUUACUUAGUUGUAGCAGAAAGAAGUCUAUUUUAACCAAUAGCUUUGUUUUUGCACGUCCGGGUCGGAGAGGCGCAUGUAGUGCACGUUACAGCCUGUUUGGAAGGUUUUACCGCCCUUGUAAACGCUGUGAUCUUCAUUUUCCUUGCUGUUAUUCUAGCAACACUACAGGAAGUUAAACGGUACAAAUUUAUGAACUGUCAUUUUUCACUUACUUGGAUUUUGUAAAGAGCGCACUACAAAAUCUGCCCUCUGAGGAAGAAAAUCACUUAUUUAUGGUAUUAGAAUUUCUAAUCUUUUAAGCUCAAAACCAAGCAAAAAAGUUUGUAGAGAUACAUAGUAUCUGUUUGGAAUGGAGGUUUUUCUAACCAGUUUGUUUCAUUUUUUAAUAAAGACAGCUAAAAAUCA